AUGACAGCAUCACAUGAAGGAGAUAAAAUCCGUCAAGCUAGCUCUUCGACGAACGAUACUUGUCAAACUCGUAUUAGUAUCGCCGAAGAGGACCAUAUAGUUUCCAUAGCCCCGCCACGAGCCAAGAGGACACAGGUUGCCCGAGCCUGCCAGAGAUGCAGAAGGCUACAGAAAGCCUGCAGCGACUCUCGCCCGUGUCGACGGUGUACCAAGGCUGGGCUUGCUGAUGAAUGCAGCGGAUUUCCCGUCCAAUCCCGAAGUCUAACCCGGGCCCGACCUACUAAAACGCCAAGGCUUGCUAAGAUACCUGUAGAAGGAGGUGUAAAGUCGUUGGAUUUUGCUACGUCUUCGCCAUUUAUCAACUUUGACCUGCCUACAAGUCCGCAGGCAUUUACUAGUUUUGCAAGGCAGUCGUUUGAGAGAAAGGCGGACCUUCUACCACCUCGAGUAGUCGAGUACUGUUCUAAACGUUUCUUCGAACGUCUCGCCCCGACGAUCCCGAUCGUGACGCCCGAGUACGUCGCCAAUCUUAGAACGCGACUAGCCUCGGAUAGUGAAGCCUACUGCGUUCUACUUGGCUUGUGCGCUAUGGUGACGUUGCAGGUUGAGGAUCCUAGGAGUAAGCCUUUUGGGCAUUGUGUUACAGCUGAGAAUAAUGCCGCAUACGGCUGGAUGCUGCUCGAGGAGGCUCUAGCAGCCCACCGUCAUCUUACACGGAGAUCGAACCCAUCUCUAGAUUCGGUUCUACUCGUGUUUUUUAUAUACGCGUGCCACGCAAGUUUAUUCCACCAUUCUCAAGCCUUCUUCUUCCUCCGCGAAGCCGCCACACUCUUCAUCCUAAUCAAGCCAGAGACCUUAGAUGAUCUUUCGAAGCUGCUAGCCGAGAGACUUUUCUGGGUUCUGCUCAUUUCUGAGAGGUCUCAUGCGAUCCGUUACCGGCGCCCCUCUACGCUUCAAGUAACUACCAACGGCUUCGGGUUAUCAUUCUCCAGGGACCGUGAAUCCUCGCUAGCUGGUUUCCGGUGUUUAGCUGCUCUCUUUCGUUCCCUAGAUACCAAUUUCAUAACUCUGCUCAACCAAGAGUCAGCUCCAGGUGCAGUUCCUGUUAACUCAUUUGACGAAGCCGAGUCAGCCAUCAACGCGGCGUUGAACCAUACGUGUCCAUCUGACCUUCUCCCCAACGCAAAAGGCCAAUCUCAGGGUCACGCAACUAUGGCUCCGCAUUGUGCUCUGGCAGUUACGAUUGCGUUUAGGUCACCUCUCGGAGCAGAAUAUGCGGAGUAG